AUGGCAGUAAUGAAGUUCUACCCAAGCUCCAAGGGGGUAAAAACAGACCUCACCCCUUCAAGAGAGGAUGUCAAGAAAAUAAAAUAUGAACAAAGAAGUACUAGAAAGAACGUGGGGAGGAAUGCAUAUCAGAAUAUUGUAGAAAAAAUACUCCUUGUGGAAGAAGAAUCUGAGAAAACAGAUGUCAGCCAGGAAGAAUCUCCCUCCCUAAUAGCAGGAAAUCCACAAGGAGCACCCCCACAAGGAGAUAACCAGCCCCAAGGUCCCCCACCUCCUCCAGGAAAGCCACAAGGACCACCCCCACAAGGAGACAAGUCCCGAAGUGCCCGAUCUCCUCCAGGAAAUCCACAAGGACCACCCCCACAAGGAGGCAACCAGCCUCAAGGUCCCCCACCUCCCCCAGGAAAGCCACAAGGACCACCCCCACAAGGAGACAAGUCCCGAAGUGCCCGAUCUCCUCCAGGAAAUCCACAAGGACCACCCCCACAAGGAGGCAACCAGCCUCAAGGUCCCCCACCUCCUCCAGGAAAGCCACAAGGACCACCCCCACAAGGAGACAAGUCCCGAAGUGCCCGAUCUCCUCCAGGAAAUCCACAAGGACCACCCCCACAAGGAGGCAACCAGCCUCAAGGUCCCCCACCUCCUCCAGGAAAGCCACAAGGACCACCCCCACAAGGAGACAAGUCCCGAAGUGCCCGAUCUCCUCCAGGAAAGCCACAAGGACCACCCCCACAAGGAGAUAACCAGCCCCAAGGUCCCCCACCUCCUCCAGGAAAGCCACAAGGACCACCCCCACAAGGAGACAAGUCCCGAAGUGCCCGAUCUCCUCCAGAAAAGCCACAAGGACCACCCCCACAGGGAGGCAACAAACCUCAAGGUCCCCCACCUCCAGGAAAGCCACAAGGACCACCCCCACAAGGAGACAAGUCCCGAAGUGCCCGAUCUCCUCCAGGAAAUCCACAAGGACCACCCCCACAAGGAGGCAACCAGCCUCAAGGUCCCCCACCUCCUCCAGGAAAGCCACAAGGACCACCCCCACAAGGAGACAAGUCCCGAAGUGCCCGAUCUCCUCCAGGAAAUCCACAAGGACCACCCCCACAAGGAGGCAACCAGCCUCAAGGUCCCCCACCUCCUCCAGGAAAGCCACAAGGACCACCCCCACAAGGAGACAAGUCCCGAAGUGCCCGAUCUCCUCCAGGAAAGCCACAAGGACCACCCCCACAAGGAGAUAACCAGCCCCAAGGUCCCCCACCUCCUCCAGGAAAGCCACAAGGACCACCCCCACAAGGAGACAAGUCCCGAAGUGCCCGAUCUCCUCCAGAAAAGCCACAAGGACCACCCCCACAGGGAGGCAACAAACCUCAAGGUCCCCCACCUCCAGGAAAGCCACAAGGACCACCCCCACAAGGAGACAAGUCCCGAAGUGCCCGAUCUCCUCCAGGAAAUCCACAAGGACCACCCCCACAAGGAGGUAACCAGCCCCAAGGUCCCCCACCUCCUCCAGGAAAGCCACAAGGACCACCCCCACAAGGAGACAAGUCCCGAAGUGCCCGAUCUCCUCCAGAAAAGCCACAAGGACCACCCCCACAAGGAGGUAACCAGCCCCAAGGUCCCCCACCUCCUCCAGGAAAGCCACAAGGACCACCCCCACAAGGAGACAAGUCCCGAAGUGCCCGAUCUCCUCCAGAAAAGCCACAAGGACCACCCCCACAAGGAGGUAACCAGCCCCAAGGUCCCCCACCUCCUCCAGGAAAGCCACAAGGACCACCCCCACAAGGAGACAAGUCCCGAAGUGCCCGAUCUCCUCCAGAAAAGCCACAAGGACCACCCCCACAAGGAGGUAACCAGCCCCAAGGUCCCCCACCUCCUCCAGGAAAGCCACAAGGACCACCCCCACAAGGAGACAAGUCCCGAAGUGCCCGAUCUCCUCCAGGAAAGCCACAAGGACCACCCCCACAGGGAGGCAACAAACCUCAAGGUCCCCCACCUCCAGGAAAGCCACAAGGACCACCCCCACAAGGAGACAGCAAUUCCCGAAGUGCCCGAUCUCCUCCAGGAAAGCCACAAGGACCACCCCCACAAGGAGGCAACCAGCCCCAAGGUCCCCCACCUCCAGGAAAGCCACAAGGACCACCCCCACAAGGAGACAGCAAUUCCCGAAGUGCCCGAUCUCCUCCAGGAAAUCCACAAGGACCACCCCCACAAGGAGGCAACCAGCCUCAAGGUCCCCCACCUCCUCCAGGAAAGCCACAAGGACCACCCCCACAAGGAGACAAGUCCCGAAGUGCCCGAUCUCCUCCAGGAAAGCCACAAGGACCACCCCAACAAGAAGGCAACAAUCCUCAAGGUCCCCCACCUCCAGCAGGAGGCAAUCCCCAGCAGCCUCAGGCACCUCCUGCUGGACAGCCCCAGGGACCACCACCCCCUCCUCAAGGGGGCAGACCUUCCCGACCUCCCCAGUGA